GCCCGAUGCACAUUCUUUUGCUCUAGAGUGAGAAGCGUAGUGUAGACCAAGUGAUAACAUCAACUCCAUUGCACUAAAAAGGCUAUACCAUGCCUGCUAUCGCGACCUCUUCUCGCCUUCUCAACACCGGCCGAGUUCAUCUUCCGCGGCCGUUAUCACACGGCCGUACUUAUGCUUCUCAUGAGAAUCCCCUUGGCAUCCCACGUAGACAAGUCAACCCACCACCAACGUUACCUCGGAAAGGGGGUCCUCCUCAAAAGUCCAGAAUAAGUGGGGUCAAACAUGUCAUUGUUGUCGCUUCUGGUAAAGGAGGUGUGGGCAAGUCUACGGUAGCGGCCAACCUCGCUGUCUCAAUGUUGUCCACUUCACCUCUGGGUAGACAGGCCAGGGUGGGGUUGUUGGAUCUGGACAUUUUCGGUCCCAGUGUGCCAAAACUUAUGGGGUUGGAGAAUGCCGGCGAACCAGAAUUAUCUACAGAGAACAAGCUACUCCCUCUGCGUAAUCAUGGGAUCAAGACCAUGUCCAUUGGCUACCUACUACCACCGAAUCCUGCAAAUGACACGCCUGUAGUGUGGAGAGGUAUGAUGGUUAUGAAAGCCGUUCAGCAACUUCUGUUCGACGUGGACUGGACGGACUCCACGCAGACUGGUAAAGACGACUUGGAUGUGUUGGUGGUAGAUAUGCCACCAGGUACGGGAGACGUGCAGCUCAGUCUAGGACAGCUUGUUGAUGUGGAUGGAGCCGUGAUCGUAUCCACACCUCAAGACGUGGCUUUGGUGGACGCUCGAAAAGGGGUAGCAAUGUUCAACAAAGUCUCUAUACCUAUCAUAGGACUGUUGCUCAACAUGUCGCACUAUACCUGUGCGGCUUGUUCGACACCGCAUGAAUUAUUUGGCAGUUCCGAAAGUUUCUCCAAGACGGCCAAAGAACUGGAUUUACCUGUAUUGGGAAAGCUGCCAUUAGUAUCGUCAGUGAGCGACGGAGGAGAUCUAGGACGUCCGAUCAUGGUACAGAGUUCACCCGAGGGCGAAGAGGUUAGAGCUGUGGUGAAAGGAGUGGCGAGUCAAGUGUGGAAGUUUGUAGCCGGUCGAACAUCAUCUAUCGCAGGAGUUAGAGGAUGAUCUUCAAAAUAACAUCAUGAUGUUGAGGUUGAUGCAAUUCAUUCAUAUCCU